GAUCUGAAUGUAACUAUGGGAAUUCUCCAUAGCAAUGACCCAACGAGCGAGGAAGGAGUACAAGAGAAGCCCGUCUGUCUGCUCUGUCACAUCCACUUGGCUUUUCAGACUGCUCCUGUCUGCUGCAGCAACACGGCUCUGUCCCAAAAGAUUUUCAUCAUGUCCUUCAUUGCCGCCAUGAUGACUUUUCUGGGGCUGGUCACAGGCAUAUUUACGGUCACCUCCCUGGCUCAGAAGGUGACUGGAAGUUUAUCUGAGCAAGGCACUGUUGUCCCGGCUGAAACUCGGCCGUGUGUAGACUGCCAUGCGUUUGAGUUCAUGGAGCGAGCUUUGCAGGACAUCGACACAGCAGUUCAUAAUUUGGACACUCAGGCAGAGAAACUUCUUCUGAGAAUAGAGGAACGGGACUUGUGUUACUGCAUUGGGCAAAGACAGGAACUACAAAAUAGCAUCUACAUUACCAACAAUUGAAAUGCAUAACCCCUAGCAAUGCUUCACUUUGAUAUAUCACUGCAAUGCUAUUCACUUUGAGAUUUUACGUAAAGUCUCACAAAAUAAUGAUUGUAUUAAUAACACUCUAUAUUUAUCACUGCUGCCUGUGUACCGGUAAUAUAAAUUUCAACAAGAGAUAGACAAUGAUCGCGUUCGCGUUCUCCGAUCCACCAACCAAAAACUACUCCAGAUACCCAAGGCCAGAUAUAAGUCCAAAGGAGAACGAAGAUUUGCAGUCC